AUGGCCAACAACACAAACCUGAAGUUAUUGAAGAUAAAAAGUUCCAUUGCCAUAAAUGAAACAAAUUCCCCUAUUCUGAUUGAUAAAAAUGAAAUGGAGAAAAUACCCAAAUUCAAGGAACACAAAAGGAGGAAAUACAAAACCCGCGUUAAAUGGGACAAAGGAGAGGCUGAACAGCUCAUCCAUGGAAUAAAUAAUUACGGAAUAUCCAACUGGUGCAAAAUUAUGCAAGCCUAUAAAUUUUCUGAAAACAGAACGAAUGUAAGUUUAAAAGAUAAGUACAGGAACUUCAAAAAGGUUUUCAUCAUAGAGAAGGAAUAA